AACCUGCUGCUUGGUACGUACAUGCCUCAGCAAUUUCUCUGCUAGCUGAAACAUUGAUGAAAUUGCACGAACCCUGCUAGAUAUAUGCUUGGAGAAAUUGCCCACCGCAAAGGCAGCGUCUGCACCGGAAGAGCGGGCUCGAGGUGAGUCAUUCUCCCUGUGUUGUCUCGCAUGAACCCUGCUAGAUGUAUGGGGUGAACUCAUGUCUUGGACAUUGUUUCUUUUUGUUGCUUAUUACAAUGGUUUUAGAGAUUAUCAAGUGCUUUUCCAGGGUCAGCAGUCUUCAGCCCAACAAUCAAUGCCGUCCGUGUCCCUUGGCUGUUUUUUUCAACCAAACGUCUCGCUCCACAGCAGCUAGCCAGCCAGCAAGCAAGUUUGGCUAACACCAACAUCCGCAAGCAGAAGAAAAGGAACUUACUUUUGUCCUAGGGCGAGGGAGUCGAAACAUUUUCCAGGAUGAUUAGGACUUGUCAUGAAUGACUCAAUAAUUUCCACACACUUUUCGAGUUUAUUGAGUGUUUUUGGAGUUGCUUUUAUUCAGCCCAAACAUUUCUAAAUCACCACCCUCGACUCAACUUGCUUUUGGAGUUGGUUGAGUGUUUGGAGUUGGAACAUCCACAUAGAGAAGCCAAUGGAGAAGCCAACCAAGACCAAGCAUAUGCCUUCGUCGUCUCGCUUUGCAGUAAUACUUCUCUACUUGAUGAUCAAGGUCAUGUCUUCAGGUUCUAAAUUUGCGUAUGCAACUGAUACUCUCCUUCCGGGCCAAUUUCUAAGUGGUAACCAGACCUUGCUUUCGAAAAAUGGUGCCUUCAAGUUGGGUUUCGACUGCCUGUUUCCUCCUUGUGGUUAUGAUUCUACGUUUGGCAUAUGGUAUAUUAAGUCAUCAGCUUGUCGCCCUCUUCUAGUUUGGUCGCCCUUAGGUGAUUCCACAAACUGUUACCCUGUGUACUCGAGCUUUGGCUUCACAACCUAUGGCAACUUAGAACUAGACUGUAUUCCAGUUAGCGGUGGAAUAAUUCCUGGAUGGUCAUCAUAUCCGUAUUCAUCAGAAGUUAUAAAUAGUACUACUUCUCUACUCACAGUGCUUCUUGACAAUGGAAAUCUCGUAAUAAGAGAUCCAGUGAAGAGUUCACUGGUGAUCUGGCAAAGCUUUGAUAAUCCAAUUGGUACACUGCUGCCUGGAGGAUGGCUGGGAUUUAAUAGAAACACGAGCAACAACAUCUUCCUCAUUCCCCAUGCUUCUGUUAUAUCCUGGGAUUACAACUAUGGUUUAGUUCUGGCUAUGAAUCCAAACCAAGGUGGAGGGUUUAUUGUCGAACAGAUUGAUGAAUAUGUUUCCAAUAAGGAAGAUUAUCAUGAAAUUUAUCACGGCACUUUCCCCAGCUGGAUGGGGAUACAUCAAGAUGGAGGCAAUUUUCUCCUGUUCAGCGAUGCACGUGUAUAUGUACAGCUGAAUAACGGCGGUACUAUCACUGCAGCUAAACUUGGGGAAUGUGGAUCUGUGUUGUGGUCUGCUCAUGCUCCACAUAUUCACAAGAUACAAAUUGUUAUUUCAACAGUGAUAGUUGUGUUAACCCUCGUCCUCACUGGUCUAGUUCUUUUGCGGAUAAUCCAGAAGAAGUCAUUUAUGGACAGACCGGUGAAUUCGAACAGCAGCCUCACGAUCUUCUCAAACGCCCAGAUAAAGAAAGCUACCGGAAAUUUCUCGGUAAAGCUUGGAGAAGGAGGUUUUGGCUGUGUUUUCAAGGGAACAUUGCAAGGUUCCUCUGUGGUGGCUGUCAAGAAGCUAAAAGAAUUUGGACAAGGGGAGAAGCAAUUCCGAGCGGAAGUGCAAACGAUUGGAAUGAUCCAACACAUCAAUGUUGUUCGUUUAUUUGGAUUUUGUGCCGAAGGAAGUAAAAGGCUGCUGGUGUACGAGUACAUGGAGAAUGGAUCUUUGAGUUCUCAUCUGUUUUCGAAAAGCCCGGCAGCUUUGGGCUGGGAGGUCCGGUACCGGAUAGCACUUGGAACUGCAAGAGGCUUGGCUUACCUGCAUGAGGGAUGCACGGACUGUAUCAUACACUGUGACAUGAAGCCGGACAAUGUACUCCUUGACGCAGAUUUCUGUCCUAAGGUUGCAGACUUUGGUUUGGCCAAACUUCUUGGCCGGGAUUUUAGCAGGGCAUUGACAACGAUGCGUGGGACCAUCGGAUACCUUGCGCCGGAGUGGAUCUCAGGGCUACCGAUCACGCAUAAGGCUGAUGUCUACAGCUACGGAAUGAUGCUUCUUGAAAUCGUAUCGGGGCGAAGGAAUGCGGAGAAAAUCAAACAGGGGAGGUUUACUUACUUUCCCAUCUUUGCUGCAGUCAAGGUGAAUGAAGGAGAUGUUAUGUGCCUGCUGGAUAGCAGGUUGGAAGACGAUGUGGAUGUGGAUGUGGAGCAGCUGAUCAGGGCUUGCAGAACUGCAUGCUGGUGCAUUCAAGAUGCUGAAGAUCAUAGGCCGAUGAUGGGGCAAGUUGUUCAGAUGCUUGAAGGCGUUCUGGAUGUCCAAGUACCUCCCGUUCCAAGGUCGCUCCAGAAUUGGGUGGGCAUGGACGACUGCUCUCGCUCUACUGAUUUAUAUAGUCUCUGAAUUUUCCUGUUUCUAUAUGUCGAAAUGUAUGUCAAGAAUUAAGCUACUAUCAGAGUUAUAUUCUCUAAACCGAAGUAAUGCCUUGUAAUUUGUUAUCA